AGAUUUACAAAUACAUUAAUUCAAAUAAAUUGAUUUCUUUCUAUUGCUCCACACUUGUCUGUCUAUAGCAUGUAGCAUGAAAUAUUGCUAUUCUACAAAUGCAUGAUCCCAGAAUAAAUCGAAUCUCAUCUAUCAUUUAACUGACCAAAACUAAUCUUGCAUGACAAACCAACCAUACUUAAACAAUUUUGUAGAGUUCAAAUGUGAUUAGGAUAUUUGCACAUAUUAAUAGUGCAAAGUUGUUCCCGUACUCCCAUGGAAACUUCGAAGUUGAAUCAAACAAUUACCUUUUUUAAAGAAAUAUCUUUAAUGAUGUAUGGUUUCGGUGACAGUCAUGAACCAAACCCAGAAACAGUUUGUUUGGUGGAAAGCAUUGUUUUGAGACAGCUUCGAACUAUCAUAGAAGAAUCCAUAAAGUAUUGGGAUGGGAAAAUGCUGACGGGAGAAAAUUUGAUUUUUUUGCUCAGACACAACAAGAUUAAAAUGCAACGCCUUAUUAAAUACUUACACAACAAAAUAUUAAAAAAUAAAUUAAAAAGACUGCAAAGCAAUUCUGAAACUGUGGAUCUUGACGAAAUCCCAAAGAAUAAUUUACUAGAAUUCAUUGAAGAAUUGGAUGAAACUGGUGAAUUCAUGGAUACAUCCUAUGUAGAUGAAGUAAAACUAAGGAGAGAAAUACGUGCAGACAGAAUUACACAAGCCCUAGACGAGGAAAAGUACUUGGAAUUCCACAAAGCCAGGUGUACAUCUUUCAAGAAUGCAAAUGGUGACCUUAAGCAUUUGAAGCUCUGGGUGGACCCUGAAAACCUGAUUGCCUUCAAUCAAGAUGCGCUAGACAUUUUGUCUUAUUAUGCAUUUCAGACAGUUGCCGAAAUUGUAGAUUAUGCCUUGUUGGUUAGAGCCGAUACAAAAUCUACAACGGAUCCAUUUAAACAUUUGCAGGGUUCUUAUUAUUCCUCUGUUAUGUUUAAUGGCACUCCCCGAUUUGAAGGACUGGAUCUUGACUAUAGUUCAGUUCAUUUGAAUCAACCUCCAAUUAGUGUAAAUGAAAUUAAAGAGGUAAUGCGCAGACUUCAUACUCCUCAGGCUGGAAAAUUAAAUUUUGGAAUCAAGUUUCCGAAUACCCAUUAUUUGUUUGCACUUUAACACUAUGUGCUUCAUAUAAAUUGUAUUUGUUUGGAGUAGUCUUUUUGCUUUAAAUUAAAAUACUUCCCAGUAAUUUCAGUGAAGUUUAACUUGCCAGAUCCACCCAGCCCAUAAAAUACAUACACUACUGUGUAGGAUGGUACUCUGAAAAUCCUCAAAAGAAAAAACUCAUAAAUCGUCACUCCUGACCUUGAGGAU